AUGGUGGAAACCGUGCAAGUUUUGUGCUGCCGCCUGGACGGAGAACUAUCACGUCUCAAAUGGAUACAAUGUUCCAGCCUGCCAGUCCCCAUUGAGGCAACCUCACACCACCACUGCACGGCAUCUGACAUCCAGGUUCGCUUCUCUUUCUUCUUGAUCUUCAACAAUCAGUCCGGGCUGCAGGCAUCCAUCACGAAGCCCGUCAUUUCCCAAUUCGCCAUCGGACAAAAGGGACCACAAGCAACCCGGAAUCCCUGA